AUGAUUUUGUGGGUGAUAUCAUAUCUUGAGGUUGAUAAGCGGGCGUUAUUCCUGCUUUGUAAAGAAGAUUGGGUUGUCAUUUUCAAGGAACUUAAAGGGAUUUUGAGAGAGGACCUGAAAGUCACUUCAUAUGAUGUUCUUAGAGCUCCACUCAAGGAGCCAGCAAAGCAUCAAAGAAGCAGUCGACGCCAAUCAAGAUCGCUCACCAUAGCAGCUCGUUCUAGUCAAACGAAGCGGCUACAGCGCUGGAUACCAACACCAGCAGCAACCAUCUGA